CUGCGCUCCGCCAAACACCAGUUCCUCUUCCUCUGCAUAGCUGGGUACAGAGUCUGCGAAGCGCCAGAGACCACAGAGGAUCCAGGAAGGUGUGGGCCACUGUGGCCCUGCGUCCAGGUUGCUUGAAUGGGGGGUGCCCUAGCAUGGGUGCUGUUGUUGCCGCUGCUGCUGCUGCAGGUUCCAAGUAGCCACGGAUUGUCCUGCAAUGUGUCCUCGGUGGACACGGACUGGACCAGGGAAUUCACAGAAACAUGCUUGAACUUCAGUGGUCAACGCUUGAGCCUGCCCCAGAACAGGUCUCUGCAGGCCACCAACGUGGUUCUCCUUGACCUCUCUGGGAACAACCUUCGAGAGCUCCGGUGGUUGUUCUUUUCUCGCCUGGAGAAGCUGCAGAUCCUGAAUGUGACAGACAACCCCCUGGACCGUGUGGAAUCAGAGCUGGCAGAACGCUGCGACCUUGACCUGAGGGCUGAUUGCCGCUGUGUCCUCAAGUCCUGGCACAAAUUCCGGCAGGACAACUGCUCUGGCCAGCUGCCUCUGCAGUGCCUGGACCGAAGCACUGGUGCCUGGCACAACCUCUCCACCUUCCUGGAGAACAGUAGCUGCGCCUCUGGCCUGGCCCCAACGACCAUUGGGGCACUGGCGGCGGGUGGAAGCCUGCUCCUUGCACUUGUCAUUGCUGGUCCAUUGCUGGCCUGGAGAUUUCGGGCAAGCUGGGUAUCCAGGAGCCGGGAUCUGGGAAAAAUGUCUGCUGCUCACGAUGGUUCCAGGCCCGGCUCAGGCCGGCAGUCAAGGUACAGUAGCCGGAGUCUCAACCCUAAGCAGCCAGCGGCCACCCUGCCCAGCCCCUCGUCUGACUAUGAGAACAUGUUCAUGGGCCAGCCAUCUGCCGGGCCUCAGUGGACCAAACACGGGACUCAGCACCCGUCAGAGGACAGUGACUUCUAUAUGAACUAUGAGGACCUCUGCCAGGUCUCCCAGCCUGUCUACGGCAACCUGCAGUUCCCAGGCCAGGUCCCGCUGGAUGAAGAGGAGUACGUGAUAGCCGGCUGUUGAGCCUGUGACGGCCUCAACUCCAGCCUGCCCCCUUCCGGUGAUUCGGGGCAUUGCAGGUCUCCCCUGGCUUCAGUCUCCCAGUCUGAGGAAUGGGAACAGAGAACUAUCCUUGCAGCCCCCUCCCCAGCCUUCUGCUCUGUUCCUCAGCCCCCUGGACAGCUAGAAGGGGAAGAGGAGAGAGACCCCAAUACAGAUACAGGAGGUUCAAAGUGUGAACUCCGUUGUCACAUUCCGGUUGGUCUGCAGACCGUGCUCAAUAAACACUGUGGGGCUGACAAGACUGCUGGCUCCGAGGGAGAGAGUUCCUUUGGGUGGGGACUUCCUGAGCUCUCAAGAGGAGAUCUCU